AUGAUGAAGCUCUCUAGCAAUGACGAGACCGAAGUCAACCUCACGAUAGAUGAGGAGGCAGCUAAGCCGCCGACACAUAAAUUUGAGGACGAUGUGGUCGACUGGGACGGCCCACAUGACCCCAAGAACCCCCUCAACUGGUCCGGCACCAAGAGUUUUGGUCAUGUCGUGAUUGUGGCCGUCUUGUCGAUGGUCGUUAACAUCGCCUCGACCAUGGUCGCUCCGGCGAUGGAAGGCGUCUCCAGGGAGCUGGAGAUCACUAACAUGACCCUAGCAACAUUGGCCGUCAGUAUCUACCUGCUGGGAUUUGCAUUGGGGCCCCUUGUCAUCUCCUCGCUCUCCGAGAUGUACGGGCGCCUCAUCGUCUAUCACAUAUGCAAUACCAUCUUUGUCAUUUUCGUUGUGGCCUGCGCCCUGAGUAAGACUUCCGCUCAAUUUAUGGUCUUCCGUUUCAUAACUGGCUGCGCGGGAGCGGCGCCACUUUCCCUUGGCGGCGGAACGAUCGCCGAUGUUAUCCCGAUCGAGAAGCGCGGUGCGGCAGCGGCCUUGUUUGGCCUGGGUCCCCUUUUGGGACCGGUUCUGGGACCAGUAAUUGGGGGCUUCGUUGCCGAAGGAAAGAACUGGCGAUGGACCUUUUGGGUGGUCGCGAUCCUCGGAGGAGCAGCGGGUAUCGGCGCGUUCAUCUUCAUGCGCGAAACACAUCCCAACACCCUGUUGGAACGCAAGGCCGUAUACUUGCGACACGCAACCGGGAACCCGCACCUCCGAUCGAAACUCGAUCGCGGCCUCACAAAGCAGCAGAUUAUUGUCGCCGCCCUCGUACGCCCCACCAAACUCUUGAUAUUCUCGCCAAUCGUCCUCGUCUUGUCCAUCUACGUGGCUCUCAUCUUCGGCCUUCUAUACCUCCUCUUUGCAACCUUCAGCAUGGUCUUCGAGGGCCAGUAUGGAUUCAGCACCGGCAUUUCUGGUCUGGCCUACCUGGGACUAGGUCUUGGCGAAUUGUUGGGUUUACUCACAUUUGGCAUCCUGAGCGACCGGCUCUUGAAGGCGAAAAUGGCAGCGGACAAUGUCCAGGAGUCUAAGCCCGAGUACCGACUGGUCCUGAUGAUGUGGUUUCCGCCAGUCAUUGGACCUGGGUUGUUCAUUUACGGUUGGUCCGCAUAUUAUCAGGUGCAUUGGAUGGUUCCGAUCUUUGGGACGUUCAUUGUCGGGUUUGGAGCCUUCUUCGUGAUCAUGCCCUCCCAGCUGUACCUGGUGGAUCUGUUCGGGUCGGAUGCGGCGGCAUCUGCGCUAGGCGCCAACAUUCUCCUCCGCUCGAUGUUCGGGGCCUUUUUGCCGCUUGCUGGGUCGCAUAUGUAUUCGACGCUCAACUACGGAUGGGGUAAUACGCUGUUAGGAUUCCUGGCACUGGCAUUUGCGCCCGUGCCAAUCUUAUUCUAUCGCUAUGGAAAAUGGCUGCGGAGUCGGACGACAGUCACGCUGUGA